UUCCCAUCUUUCUACAUCACCACCAGGAUUAAAUUUUCAAACAAGAAUCGAUUUUUGAUGGUUGGAUUUAGCCUUUUUUUUUCCCCAGAAAAGAAGAACAAAUAAGAGCUCAAUAAUAUUUAACCUACAAUAUUGAUGAGUUUUGUUAGUUCUUUGUGUCCUUGCUAUACACAAAUAAUAGGGCUCGUGAUCAUUAAUAUGAGACGACAUGCAGUUUACAAAAGUACUCUUCUCCAACCAUAUAUAUUACGUACACUCAGCUAUUAGAGAAAUACAUAAUGAAGAAACUACAACUAGUCAUAUAAGUGGAGAAAAACCAAGCCCUAAAAAAUUUAACCUAAACAAAGUACUAUAGUAAUUAGACUCCAUAAUGCGUGUAUACAGAUAAUAUCGUAUGCAGUGUGUGAAAAAGUAGAAUUUAUGCGCCCGGCCCCACCAAUCCAUAUCCUCUCCCAUUCCCAUAUACAACAACUCUCCUCCUCCCCUCUCACAUUUUCUUUUCUCCUCCUCUUCCCAGAAUUCUCUCAUCAAGCUCCAUGGAUAAAACUACUGAGAGAGAGACUCGAGACUUCAUGAGCGUCGAGUCCUUCUCUCAGCUUCCCUUCAUCCGCUCUGCGCCCCGUGACAAGGGUGCAGCAGGCGGCAUAAGGCUGUUUGGCCAGGAAUUUGGCAGCACGAACGAUCACUCCGACUCCAACGACGAAAGCGACAAUCAAGACGGGGAGGCCAACAACGGCGGUGGCGGCGGCAGCAGAAAAUUCGAGUGCCACUACUGCUGCAGGAACUUCCCUACUUCCCAAGCCCUCGGCGGCCAUCAAAACGCCCACAAAAGGGAGCGGCAGCAGGCCAAGAGAGCUCACUUGCAGUCGGCAAUGCUGCAUGGCAGCUUGGCCGAUCCUCACGUCUACGGCCUAAUGAACUACAGCCGCCUCGGCUCAGCUCCGCCGCUGCCGGUGGCUUACCACUCUCCCAGCAGCAGGCUCUACGGCGGCUACGCUGCUCAGCCUCAGCCCAUCACCUGCAGCCCCUUGGCCUUCUGGCGAGUCCCGGCUGCUCUGGCGGCCUUCGCCGGCCGCACCCCGCAAACGCCGCCGCCGCCGCCGCCGUUGGCGUAUGGAAACAAGGAUGAGAUGAGGGCUUUGCCUAGCGUCCCCGCCUCUGAUCAGCUGCGCUUCGGAUACGAAUCAAAGGCUAAAAUGCAAGAACAUGUGAGUUUGGAUUUGCAUCUUUAGCUGAUUUUCUAGGAAAAAAAGACGAGGAAAAUUAUAAAAAUCGCUUAUUUCUCGAGGAAUAACGUCUCUGUUUCUUGAUUUUAUUUACAAGAAAUCACACUAGUGUGUAAAUCUCCUCGUUGAUGUACUUCGAUUAUUCCCACAUAUACAUUCAUUUUUCAUUAUUA